AUGAAUAUCUUACACCACAAGUCAUGGCACGUGAGGAACAGGAAUAACAUCGAGAGAGUGAAGAGAGACGAGGAGAAGGCCCGCAAUGAAGAGCUGGAGAAACAGAAACGGAUCCUUUUGGCCGAAAGCGAGUCCAGGAUUACGCUUCUUAGGCAUCGACUCAAAGGAGACGAUCACCAGACAGGCGAUGUGGACACGGAGGCCAAUGGUGAGCAGACAUCGGCCGCCGGCAGCAGUCAUUUGGAUGUAUUCAAAGAUUUUGGCGACAAAAUUAAGACCAAAAACAGUGAAUACGAGAAAGAAGUGAAGGACGAGAAGGAGAAGUUUGAGACAAAGACUGGGAUUUUGCAGUAUUUGGUGGACAAGGAGUCGGACGCUAAUAGUGUCUGGUAUUUGGAUUCACACGAGAAGCGGAUGAAACUCAUGGCUAGAGAUGUCGACCCAAACGAUGUGGAGAAGCAGUUGAAAGACAACAAACUGAAGACAAUGAAUGAUCCGAUCGAAGACAUGAAGAAAUACCUGAAAGUAAUGAAAAGCAAAUCGGAAGAUAAGACACAAAAGACUAAUAAACAGAAAACGAGUCAUAAGUCGUCCAAAGAUGUGCUCAAAAGAACCGAAACUAUAGUUAAGAAGAAGUCCAAGAAAUCUAAGAAAAGUAAAAAACAUAAGAAGAAGAGACGAAAGCGAAUGUCGAGCGAGAGUUCAGACGAUUCUCAAGACGAUAGGACUUCCUCUCAGAAUGUGUCCAAAAGUUUGGAACAAUUGAGAGCUGAGAGACUCGAGAGGGAAAGGGUUGAGAGGGAGAGGACUCGAGACCUACUCUACGGAAAGACCAAUAAAGAAGAGGUUGUAAUGGAUGACAGACUCCGGUCUUAUAAUUCUCAGUUCAACCCAGAGAUCGCCCGACAAAAUGCCGACAAAUAA